ACCAAAAGUAAAACCUAAACCCCCAACUCUACCUCCCCUGCGCGCGGCCACUCCGCCCCGUGCCGCUCCGUCUCUUCCUUCUCCGCCUCCUCGCUUAUCGCCGUCGCUGCAUUAUCGCCUUCUUUCUAAGGUAGUAAUGGCCUGUAGAAUUUGGGAGCUGCUUUACGGUGGGAAACAUUUUAGAACCAACAAAUCAGCAGCUCUCUUUAUGAACUCAAUGCUUUAUCACUCUUCACAAGAUGUUUACGACAUGCAAUGGUAUCAGAAUGAGUUUCCAAAGAUGAUAAAGUUGACUCGAUUGCUUGCAAAUGUGGAUACGAUUAAUGGAAGACUUGUUGAUGUAAAUAGUAAUUCAGCCAUUUUUGAUGAUCAAAUCGAUCAUGAAAUGCGUACAUUCAAGUCUCUUGUCCGAGUGUUUAUUGGGUCUCCGUUUGUUCAGAAAAAUAUGAGAUCUAUUUUAACCUCCACCACAAAUACACAACAUGAUACAUUUAUCCCUUUCAGUAAAACAACCGAAAGAGAAUCUAUGGUGGUUGAUUCGUUGACUAAGGUGAGUAAUUUUCUCAAUGUUUCUGCUCAACAGAGGAAGGUGGUCCGUUUCAAAGUAUGCCCGCAGGUUACCCAGCACCAUAUAUGGACUGGUGCACUUAAAGAAACUCUGAAUAAUUUUGCAGUUGAUUUGGAUUCUUUGGCUUCUCAGGGAUUGGAAGAAGGUGCUAUAUUGGGUCAGCAAAUUAUUCACAGCUGCUUGAAAUUUCUGACAGAAACUUCCAGUUUUUCUGAUGCCGACUCAUCUUCAUGGAUGAAGUUUACACCUACAAAAAUUGUUACUUCUUCUGAUUCCCAGAAAUGGGAAGAUGUUCUUGCAAUGUUCAAUGACCUGAUUAAAUGCUGUAAAAGUGAAACAAGAUUAAAGCCUCAUGUGGCUAAGGUUGAGGUCAUGAAGGAGGGGCUCUUACAUAUCAAGGAUAUUAUGAUUGAUAACAGUAUUGCAUACAAGGAUGCUCGAUAUCUCCAAAACCUAGUGCAGAAGAAGCUUUCCAAAACGUUGGGCCACUCAUCUGGUUGCUUAUUCUCUUUAUUACAGUAUUACCUCUAUGGAAGAGUUACAGAUAUUGAUGUAGACUUGUGUGGUGGGAUUUAUAAAAAUGGAAAUGAUAGCAGGUUUUGCUUGUUUAUGGGGAGAAUUUUGACUUCAGAUAGUGAGAGGAUGGUUGGGCGUGGUGUGAAGCAGUUGGAUCGUGCACUUGGACUUUUCAAGUUUGUAUGGGAAACAGCUGGAUUGGAAGGCCAUUUGGAUUUGCAAGGCCAUUUAUGGUGUGUUGGAGCAAACAGUAGGAUGCUUAGAUAUAGAGGAAACGUGUAUUUUGUGCAUGGCGUUUGCCUUUGAUUAGAGAUGGCAUUGCAAUACCAUCUGUUUUUGUACUGUGUAUUGAAUUAAUCUUCAGUUAGUGAUACCAAUACUUAAAUUCAGGAUGUGUUCUGGUGCUUCAUUUGAUAAUAGUUUUCUCAAAUAAUCAAAUGUUUGCUCUCCUGGUUUUUGUAGAAACUACGUAACAAACGUGGUUGUCAUAGACAAAAGGGGUGAUCAGGUGAUGUGAAAUUGGAUAAAGUAUUUUGGCAACAGAAGCAAUAGAAAUUUAUUCCUUAAUUUUUAUAUGAUGUUUCUACUUCAAUCCCCUGUGUAUUCUCUUUUUGUUUUUAUCUAUAUGCUCUUGACUUUUGUUUUUAUUGACUUAAUAUUUAUGCUGUAAACGGAUGGUAAUUGCAUGUCGAGACCAUAACUUUAUUAAUCAAGAAAGUCUUCAAUUUUGAUUUGAUUGUUUUGAAUUUUUUGGGAGCAUUUAUCUAUAUUAUAAAUUGUGAACGUUUAUCCAUAAUCUUCAGUAUAGUGGACAUUUUUUGGGGUUCGCUGCUCCAUAUUGCUACCGGGGACAGACAAGUCUCAAAUGGUAUUCAUAGUUUUGAUAUAGAUAGCAGCCAUCAACACUUACUUUUUCUUGAUUGGCUGCUCCAUGUUACACUGUCUAGGAGUGACAACUAUGCUCAACACACAGUAGUUUUCUCUAUGUAGUUUCAUUCAUAAAGCUUCUAUAAAC